CGCAUGCCAUCCACUCCAACUGGCGGAAGGUCCCACGCAAAGUGACGGGGCGCGUCUUCCAGGUAUCUUCUAGAUCUCCCACCAAGUCAUAGUCCACUCCAGCCAACUUUUGCAACAUGACGGCGUGGGAAUUUGUCUUCUCUCGGACGGAUCAUGUCGCCCAAGCGAAGCGGACAGCGCGAAUAGGCAUCGAGGCGCUGGUUGUUAACAUACUAUCAUGCAUACUGCCCCCUUCGGUAAUUAUGAGCUGCUGGGCGGUCGAAGAGCGUAUUGUUCACUAAUAGCCUAGCCAAGCUCUUACUAUCUGAUCUAGGCGCUCGGCUAUCUGUAAGGCUCAGGCCGGUUGAGACAGGCUAUCCGAUCAGAGUAGUACGAGCAAGUCAAUGGCCGAACGUCAGGCAUGGUGAAUAUAGUGUGUG